AACCAAACCAUACAAACAAAAACAGCGUCAUAAACCUUCUUACACAAUUUUCUAUAUUUGUUACGACAAAGAACCUGAAUGCUAUUUCGUCCAUAUUCACACCCACCCACCCAACUAACCAACCCUCAUUCAACGUUACAUUUACAUUAUAACAACAACGUGCUCUGUUCCCUUCAUAAUAAUCAGAGAAACGACGUCGUUGAAGAGAAAUGAAGGGCGAGAAAAAGUCAUUGUUACAAGAUCUAAUUGAGAAUUCAGGUGGUUGUGUUGUUACUGAUGGUGGAUUUGCUACACAGCUUGAAAAACAUGGUGCUUUUAUCAAUGAUCCUCUUUGGAGUGCUAUUUGUUUGAUCAAACAGCCACAUCUUAUUAAGAAGGUUCACAUGGAAUAUUUGGAGGCUGGGGCAGAUAUAUUGGUUACUUCAUCUUACCAGGCUACAAUUCCUGGAUUUUUGUCCAAGGGGCUGUCAAUUGAAGAAGGGGAAUCACUAUUGCAAAGGAGUGUCAAAUUGGCAGUUGAAGCUCGUGACAGUUUCUGGUCUUCGGCUAAACGAAAUCCUGGAAAUAAAUAUAGAAGAGCUUUGGUUGCAGCCUCUAUUGGAAGCUAUGGUGCUUAUCUUGCUGAUGGCUCAGAGUACAGGGGACUGUAUGGACCAGAUGUGAGUUUGGUGAAAUUGAAGGAUUUUCAUCGCCGGAGAUUGCAAGUUCUUGUUGAAGCUGGUCCAGAUUUGCUUGCUUUUGAGACCAUUCCAAACAAACUUGAAGCUCAGGCUUGUGUCGAACUGCUUGAAGAAAUAAAUGUCCAAAUCCCAUCUUGGAUCUGUUUUACAUCUGUAGAUGGUGAAAAUGCUCCCUCAGGAGAGAGUUUCCAAUACUGUCUUGAAGUAAUAAAUAAGAGUAACAAAGUAGAGGCAGUCGGUAUAAACUGUGCACCUCCCCAUUUUAUGGAAAGUCUCAUUCCCAAAUUUAAGCAGUUGACAAACAAGGCAAUCGUUGUCUAUCCCAACAGUGGCGAGGUGUGGGAUGGUAUCGCGAAAAAAUGGCUACCAUCCAAGUGUUUUCAUGAUGAUGAUUUUGGAUUUUAUGCAACUAGAUGGCGUGAGUUAGGUGCUAAAAUUAUAGGAGGUUGUUGCCGGACUACACCAUCCACCAUUCAGAUUAUUUCAAAUGCUUUAAGAGAAAAUAUUUAGUUGCACUCAUUCCUGUAACUUAUGUUUUCAAUUUGCGAGAUUUUGUCUAGGAUUUUUCCAUAAUUUCAACUUUUAAAUUUUAGUUGCUUUAACUUUAAGUUUAUUCAUUCAAGUUGAAAGGAAGUCGAGUCUUCAUCCAUGAGAGUUACCUGUGGUAAAAUUUGGCGUAAAUCUUAUACUGAGUUAGUUGGUGUAGUGUAGGGAUCAGAGAGUGUAGUUGCUGCUAUGCAAAGUAAAGAAUAGCAGUAAGGGUGGAAACCUGCUGCAAGACACUUUAAGUAAAAUUUAUAUGAAUUUUACUUACUUAGUAA